GCUCCGAGAACCUCUGAGUAGCCAGCAGCUCUGUGCCAGUGGUCUGUGUACACCUUUAUCCACAUUUAAACUGCAACCAUGAGUUUCUCCAAUGCUUCCUAUGCCUCCCUUAGAUCCAAUCGCCCCUUUGCCUAUGGCCCUCAGAUGGUAGGUGGUUCCAGUGCUGCCAGUGUUCAUGCUGGAGCAGGGGGCUCAGGCUCCCGGAUCUCUGUGUCCAGGGGGGCUACAGUGGGCUCUGGAUUCGGUGGUGGCUCUGGAUUCAGUGGUGGCUCUGGUGCAGUAUCAUCUGGAAUGGGCCUCCUCGGAGGUGUUCAGAAUGAGAAGGAGACCAUGCAAGACCUGAACGACCGACUGGCAUCCUACUUGGAAAGGGUACGCAGCCUGGAAUCAGUCAAUCAAAAGCUGGAGCUGCAGAUUCGCCAGCAUAUGGAAAAGAAAGGACCCACCAAGGACUGGGCUCCAUACUUCAAAACUCUGGAGGAACUGCGGAAACAGGUAUUUGAUAGAACUCUGGACAACUCUCAGCUAGUCCUGCAGAUUGACAAUGCCCGCCUUGCUGCUGACGACUUCAGAGUAAAGUAUGAAUCCGAGUAUGCUAUCCGCCUGUCUGUGGAGACCGAUAUCGGUGGAUUGCGCAAAGUCAUCGACGACACCAACAUCUCCAGACUCAACUUGGAGAACGAGAUCGAGUCCCUGAAGGAAGAACUGAUCUUCCUUAAGAAGUCCCAUGAAGAUGAGGUCAAUGAAGUCCAUGCCCAAAUUGCUUCCUCUUCAUUAACAGUAGAGGUAGAUGCUCCCAAAACUCAAGACCUGGGCAAAGUCAUGUCAGAAAUCCGGGCACAAUAUGACACCAUGGCACAGAAGAACCGUGAAGACGCAGAAAAAUGGUACCAGGCAAAGGUGGAGGAGCACACCAUGCAGGUCUCGCAGGAUACAGAGGCACUUCGUUCCUCAAAGACAACAGUGACAGAGCUGCGUCGCAGUCUGCAGUCUCUGGAGAUUGAGCUGGAAACGCUACGCAAUCAGAAACAAAGCCUUGAAGGUUCUCUCAAUGACACAGAAAAUCGGUAUGCUAUGGAACUGGAGAUACUUAGUGCCCAACUUCAGGCACUUGAGGGAGAGCUAACACAAGUACGCAAUGACUGCCAGAGGCAACAACACGACUACCAGAUUCUGCUUAACGCCAAGAUAAGGCUAGAAUCCGAAAUCCAGACAUACAGACGUCUCCUCGAUGGAGACGAUUUUAGCCUCCAAGACGCCCUGUCAGCAUCAAAUGUAUCAACCACACAGACAGUUAAAAAAGUCAUCACAACGACACAGAGAAUUAUAGACGGAAAAGUUGUUUCAGAAAGCAAUGACACACAUGUCCUGGAGUCCUAAAUGACACCACUUUUGCC